AUGGGAUCAGUUUGUGCAAAGAAAAAAGAACCUAGGAUUAAUUAAGUUAUACAAGAACAAUCUGCCUCACCUUAUAUGCCUGAUCAGCAAUCCUCUUUGUUAUUCUAAGAUAAAAAGACUCAACCUUAGACAUUAAUCAAAGUUAAAAUCCCUAAAGUAAACUAUUUUCAUUAGUUCUUUCUUAGAAAAACAAAAAAGUAAGAGAAACUGUUAAAGCAGUCACUUUGAAAAAUGAAGAAGUAAAUAUAUAUCAAAAUAAAUCUAUUUAGGGACAAAAAAUGUUAAAUGAUUAUGUUUUCGAUGAAUUUUUAGGUUAAGGUGCUUUUGGUAAAGUCAAACUGGCACAUAAGAAAGGAGAUCCUACUCAAAGAUUUGCCAUUAAAAUACUUAAAAAAAGCAAACUUAAAAGAUAAAGAGAAUUUGUUAAAGAUGCUAAUGGAAGUAUAACUAUCUUCAUUAAUUCAUUAUAGAUUUAGUUGUUAAAGAUGCAUUAUAAGAUGUUAGAAAGGAAAUUGCAAUCAUGAAAAAAAUAAGUCACCAUAACCUUAUUCAACUUUAUGAAGUUAUUGACAAUCCUACAAGUGAUAAAUUGUUUAUGGGUAAAGUUUCUUAUUUUUAUACUCUAGUUCUUGAAUUUGCAGAAGGAGGUUAACUAAUUGAAUGGGAUGAUGAUGAAGGCAAAUUUUAUAAAUUGAAUGAAGAUGAAGAAUUGACAGAAGAAUUACUUUCUUCUCUUUUUAGAGAUUGUAUAAAAGGCUUAGCAUUUCGUAUUAUGCUUCAAUAUAUAUAUAGUCCAUAAAAAUAAAAUUGUACAUAGAGAUCUCAAACCUUAAAAUGUAUUAAUGUCAGGUAAAACUGCCAAAAUUGCAGAUUUUGGAGUUUCUUAAGUUGUAGGUUCCAAAAAUGAUGUACUUGAUAACACUUAAGGAACAUAUUAUUUUAUGCCUCCUGAAGCUUGUGAUAAAGAAACAGCUAAAGAUGGAUAUUCUGGAAGGGCUGCUGAUAUUUGGGCACUAGGUAUCACCUUCUUUGCUUUUACCUAUUUAAGUGUCCCUUUUACUGGAAAUAACAUUCCUGAUAUACUGAAGAACAUAUCAUAAAAUGAGUACAUCUUUAUUCAAAUACAUAGAGUGGUUUUUCCUGAUAAUUCUGCUAUUAGUAAUGGGCUUAAAGAAUUUAUACAUUUCAUUUUGAAUAAAGAUCCUAAAAAGAGACCAACAAUAAAUGAAAUUGCAAAGCAUCCUUGGAUUAAUUAGAGCUCAGCUUAUCUAUUAGAUGAAAUGUAAAAUACUAUUAAAUUUCAAUAAUAUUAGGGAUCAAGAAGAAAAAGUUAUGGAAGUUUCAUAAGUUGAUAUUGAUAAUGCAUUUUCCUUAGUUUCAUUAAUGAAAAUUAAAAGUUGGGCAUAAAAAUGGAGAACUGAAUCUAAUCUAAAAAAAGCAGGACCAUAAAAUUCAGUUGAAGAAAUAGAGAUUAAGUGA